AGCUGCGUCUGGAGAUCCAUGGGGUCAGUGUCCAGUCAACAGAAAGUGCAAGGACAAGUUCGGAGACGGGUCGUGUGACAGAGAAUGUAUGGAGCCUGAGUGUCUGAGGGACGGCCUCGACUGCAUGAAGGACAGGGGCCACUGCAAUCCGGACCACAUCAAGUACUGCCGCGAUCACUACGCCGACUCCCACUGCGGCCAGGGAUGCAACAGCGCCCCCUGUGGAUGGGACGGCAGCGACUGCUUCAGGCAUCAGAGCCCGCAGUGGGCUAAAGGAACGCUGGUCCUUCACACUAACAUCCCGCUGGAACGCGGCACCUUCUCCAACAGCUCCGUGCUCUGGGCGCUCAGCGUCCUCCUCCAGUCGCCGCUCAAACUGAGAGGGGCCACCCAGCUCGCCACCAACAUGAAACUGUUUGAGUUUGACCCUCAGCAGCUUAUCGACCUGCUCGCUAAGGCCACACCUGCCGACUCCAACGGCUCCCUCCUUUUCCUCCAAGUGGACAACAGGCCGUGCGUCCGUCUGCCCUCUACCUGUUUCCCCUACGCCACAGAGGCCGCCAGUUUCCUACGUGCCGCAAUGUUGCUGAAGCCCACAUCGCUCCCCACCCUCCCGGAGCUGAAGGCCGUCAUCGGUAUCAGAGGUGUCCGAGAGGAAAUAGGAAGCAGGGAGGAGGAAAUGGUGGAGGUAGUCAAAGAGUCGAACCCUGUGUGGCUGUGGGCCGUCGUUGCCAUAGCGGUUUCCAUGCUGCUGGCGCUGCCCGUGGCGGUGUUCCUGGUGGUGAGGAGGGUGAGGCAGCGGCGGGCUGAGAGGGAGGGCAACAACAGGGUGAGACACCGGUCGACCGUCACCGACAACGAGCAAAGCAAAGCCAAGUCCUGGACGCCGCACGCAGCCCAGCAAGAACAACGGGUCAGGUCCAGCAGAGACAUAGACAAGAUCAGCCUGCGGAAGAAGAAGAAAGCCAAGGAAGCGGAGAAGAAGAGGAGGAGGGAGCCGCUGGGCGAGGACGCCAUUCGAAUGCGGCCUCUCAAAAGGGACCAGGACAUAGGAAGCGAUACAGACUUUACCCAGAGUUCAAUGGAAGACAUCAAUGCGAGAUGCUCCAGGCGACAGGAGGACGCGUCCAUCUGUGACCACAGGACCCAGGACCAGAAACAGUACCGAGCUGGACCCUCUCAGUCCCGCAGACCCAUACAACCUCCACCUAGAGGAUGGGAGAGAAACGCCAUGCCGCCUCCUCUGCUCAGUCCUCCCCAACAGUCGGCAGAGUGGUGUGGCCCAGAUGGGUCUGUGGUUCUGAUCCGAGCGGUGCGUAGUGGACUGGACAGGGUGGUUCUGGAGCUGCUGCGAGCAGGAGUACCUGUCAACAACACCGACCACACUGGGAGAUCAGCCCUGCACUGGGCAUGUUCAGUAAACCACCUCUCCCUUACAAGAACCCUCAUUCGCUAUGGGGCCGCUGUGGACCUGCAAGACAACAAGGGCGAGACCCCGCUCUUCCUCUCCGCCCUCCACGGCUGCUACGACACUGCCAGACUCCUCCUCCUUCACGGCGCCAACCUUGAGCUGCACGAUCGAAGGGGCCGGCGGCCGAUCGACGUUGCCAGAGAGGGGAUGCGUCACCAGGUCCUGGAACUCCUGCUGGCUCACCAAAUACAGAGAGGGCCCGUUACCGUAGACUCAGCCAACGACAUGAUGUGGGAGGAGCGUGCUCUGAUGUACUCGCCAUGGGCCGGAUCACAGGGCCUGCCUGGAAGAAGCGCCUCCUUCUCCGGGAUAGUAGCACAUCGAGAUAUGUCCCCGCCACCACAAAAUGAUUGGUCGAUGAACAGAGUGCAGUACCCCUCCCCUCAGAACUGGCGACCACAGCUCAACCAAUCAGCAACAGCGCUGGUACCUCCAAGAAUCAUGGGCCGCUCCCCUCGGCCAAUCAGCACCUUACAGGAGGUGACCUCAGAAGACGAGGAUCGCGACAGGCAUCACGACGUCCCCAGAGCUGCAACACCUCACUUCCCGUCCCCUCAACCAGCGCCCCGGCAGCGCUCCUUUUCCUGCACCCAGCAUGCAUUGCAGCGUCGCUCCAGUGCCCCACAGCCGGAGCCAAACUAUAUCAUCUUGACAGACAGAGCAGCCUAUGAGAGCGUAGAAAGAGCAGCGGUUUCACCUCCGACAGAAGCUGCCGUCCAAUCGGAUCGCCAGCCGGUCGCGAACAGCGAGAAUCCCAGUAGAUCAGAACAAGCAGCGGUGAGUUCAACACAUCCAGAGCAGAAAUCCAGAGGUGAGAGGUCAAACAACACGGCUGACUCCACACAGACGGCCUUGUAGAGAAGAGGAUAAGAAGACAGGAUGUGACGAUGAUUCACAAAAUCAGUAGCCCAUCAGCUGGAAGGAGUCCGACUACCCCCCCAUCACCUUCCACUCAGCCUUUCCUAAAUUAUUCUCACCACCUCUGUUAAAGAGGUUGUGUUUCCAUGACAACGUGUCUGUCAGUCUGUCCGUCUGUCGCAAAAACCACGAAAACUAUAUUUCCAUCAGACAUUUUUUUCCUUCAGAGGAGCAUAUGGUUAAAUGUAACAUGUGAUUAAACAACAUGUCUGACGUAAAAACCCGUCAAACACGAUGAGUGCGACGGCCAUUCUGAAAACUUAACUCCGGUGUUUUCACAUUGUGUUCACGUGUUGUAUUCUGACUCCUGCAGAAAUAUUUAAAGUGUUGUACAAAGACGUCAGAA